AUGCUGGCGGGCGCCAGGCUCCCGCGGCGGCGGCGGCCGCUGCAGCAGCAACAGCAGCAGCUGCCCCGGCGGCGGCCGUCCCUGCUCUGGCCGAUGAACGCGGACCCGCCGCCGCCCUGGCUCUGGAUGGUGCCCGGCGCGGCCGGGCUGCUCCGGCUCGGCCCGGGGGUCGUGGCCCCGCCGCUGCUGCUUUCCUCCCCUGCGCCCGCGGCGCCGCUGCUGCCCGUGCUGCCCGGCUGGCAGGCCCCCGGCGAGCCCCUGCUGCCGCUGCUGCCGCUGCCCUCUGCGCCAGACCACGCUGCCGCGCACCAGCAGCCCCUGCUCGGCGCACAGUGGCUGUUUGGGGGCCGGGGCCCCGGGCUGGGCCUGCCCGCCUCCCCCAUCGUGGAGCUGCUGCCCGCGUUCCCCCAGGCCUGUGCCGCUGCUCUUCCACCUGCCGCUGGGAAGAGCUGGACAGACAAGAGGAUGCCUCCCUGUAAGAUCUUUGUCAACCAUUCCGUGGCUCUGGACUCGCCGUGGCUGCACCCUCAGGAGUCACUGUGGCCCCUUGGGCACGAGAAGCCCCAUGUGCUGGCGAACCGAGUAGCCGUGUCCGUGUCCAGCCCGCUCCCCACCGUGCUGUUCGCCCCUCAGCCUGUGCCAGGGUUUUGCCAUGGUAGCCUCAAGCCGGCCAGCAGUCCUGCUAUUGCCAUUGCUGCUGCCGCCAUGGUCUCCGUGGACACCGAGGGCCUCCGGGGCCCAUCACCAGCUGUGCCGCCGUACCACUUCCUGACGUGGGCGCCCAUCACCAUGCCCCUGCGGACAGUGUCCUUCUCAGACAGAAGCACGGAGUGCAGCCAAGCUCCCCACGCUCCAACCCUGAGGCUGCCCCCAGCCCCCGAGCAGAAGAGUAUGGCCACCAGCGCUGAGGACAAGGGGCCUCCUUCCAUCCUGGUGAGAGGGGACGACAGCGCGCCUAGAGGAAACAGACCUGUGGCUUCCACGCCUGUGCCUGGGUCACCCUGGUGCGUGGUGUGGACAGGCGACGAUCGCGUGUUCUUCUUCAACCCCACCAUGCAGCUCUCUGUCUGGGAGAAGCCCAGGGACCUCAAGGACCGAGGGGACCUCAACAGGAUUAUCGAGGACCCACCCCACAAGCGCAAGCUGGAGGCCUCAGCAGCCGACAGCAGUGAUGAGUCCGGCUCUGAAGAUGGCAGGGAACCGCAGAACAUGAAAACCAAGAGGAACCGGACCGAAGGCCGUGGGAGUCCAGGGCCAGAGGAGGCAGAGCCAGAGGAGAGAGGCCCACGGACGCAGCCCCCCCAGAUUCUCCUGCCCCUGGAAGAGCGAGUGACCCACUUCCGAGACAUGCUCCUGGAGAGAGGGGUGUCAGCGUUUUCCACUUGGGAGAAAGAAUUACACAAAAUUGUGUUUGACCCGCGCUAUCUCCUGCUGAACUCGGAGGAGCGGAAACAGAUUUUUGAACAGUUUGUCAAGACAAGAAUAAAAGAAGAAUACAAGGAACGAAAGAGUAAAUUGCUGCUAGCUAGAGAAGAAUUCAAGAAACUUCUAGAAGAAUCGAAAGUGUCACCGAGGACCACCUUCAAGGAGUUCGCCGAGAAGCAUGGCCGGGACCAGAGGUUCCGCCUUGUGCAGAAGAGGAAGGACCAGGAGCACUUCUUCAACCAGUUCAUCCUCAUCCUUAAGAAACGGGACAAGGAGAACAGAUUGAGGCUGCGGAAGAUGAGAUGA